AUGUCCCCAGGGAAGUUGGCAGUUAUUUUUGGGCUUGGAGUAGCUGCGGGGUUUAUCAUAAAAAUUGGAGACCCGCUGGACUCCUGGUACCCGGUAUGGCGGGAAACAGGGCUGCUCGCACGGGCUGUGGUGUGCCUCAUCGCCGGGGGUUCCCUCUUCACCCUCGGCUGGCUGCACGGGUUCCUCUUCGGUCCCCUGGAGCUGCUGAGGGGGCCGGACGAUGUGGGAUACAUAGUCGAGAACGGUCGCUCGAAAGCCCAGGCUGCAAACGAGGUCCGCCGCAGGAGGAGAACCGGAGACCUGCCCCCGGUGUAUCCGAACGGCUGGUACCGGGUGCUGGACUCACGUAUGCUGCGGAGGGGAGAGGUCAGGAGUGUCACGGUGCUAGGUGAGCAGGUGGCAGUGUUUCGGGGCCAGGAUGGCGAGGCCUACGUUGUCGAUGCCUACUGCCCUCACCUGGGGGCCAACCUGGCUGUGGGGGGGCAGGUGGUGGGGAACUGCAUCGAGUGCCCGUUUCAUGGAUGGCAGUUUCGGGGAACGGAUGGCAAGUGUGUGAAGAUCCCCUACGCAGAAAAAGUGCCAGAGUUUGCCAAGGUGCGCAUCUGGCCCAGCUGUGAGCUCAACGGGCAGGUUUUGGUUUGGUUUCACUGCGACGGAGAAGAUCCUCAGUGGCUGGUCCCAGAGCAGCAGGAAAUCACAACGGGCGAGUGGGUGUACCGGGGGAGAACUGAACACUUCAUCAACGCUCACAUACAAGAGAUUCCUGAAAAUGCAGCAGACAUCGCUCACCUCGGUCACCUUCACACGCCGGCCAUUGUCAGCGGAGUAGAUCUGCGAUGCACCAACAGCAAAACCUGGGAAUUCCUGCGGCAUGACUGGAAGGUUCAAUGGGAGCCAGAGGCCGAGCCCAACAAGCAUUGUUCUCAGAUGUUGGUGAAACAUGCUCUUACUGUCUUUGGAAGCACCUGGCAUCUGCUGGAUGUCUGUGUUUUGGCCAGACAGAUAAAACAUCUACUGAACUGCACCUCAACUCAAGAAAACUAA